AUGAAUCCAGAUAUUCCCGGGUUUUAUUACGACCCCGAGAAGAAGAAGUACUUCAAGAUCCAGGCCAACCACGUUGCGCCAGCGGGCGCCCAGUACUCCCAGGAGUCCGUCAAGCGGAAACGUAAUGAGCAAGAGAAAGAGGAGAAGCGUGCCCAUGUCAGCCGGCGUGUAGCCCGCGAGACGGUCCGCAAGCCAAGCUUCCUCCACCACCCGCUCGUCGGCGCGGACAGAGAGAUCCGAGCCCGUGCUUCUACCUUGGCUACGCUACGGGACGAGCAAGCCGGCAUUUACGUCAGCCAGCUGCGGCGCAGGAAGCUUCAUCAGUUUGAGCCAUGGCCGGAUGAUUACUCUAUGCGUCAUGUGCUACGAAAUCCUCGUUCGGGAGCUUUGAUUACCACUGGACAUCGUGGGGAUGAAUCAUCUGUGUCGAUCUGCUUCCCUGACUUCGACGAAGAGAAAUGGACAUACAACCGCACCAUGGAGCGGGUCCUCUUCAAAGAAAGUUACAGGCUGUCGUCAAUCUCUCUAAGUCAUACCGGCUAUCUACUAGCAACAAUGGACAGCGGCCCCGGCGGUGACUCCUUUCUAGCCCCACGCAUGCUGCCAGACCCGGACGAAGGUGGAGACUAUCGCUGGCCCGCUUACUUCGCACAUCCAAUCCGGAUUCGCACGACCCCCUCCCUCUGGUGCUCAGCGGCAUGUCCAACCGGCGACAAAGCCCUUUUUGCAAUCGGCACCUCGGACGGACUGCACACGCUCGAAGGCUUCGGUAGCCACUGGACGCUCUCGCAGAAACCCUUCCCAAACGAGAGGAGCAACGGGACUCAAGGCUUCCGCCGACAUGGCAAUUCGUCACAUGCGAGCAUUCGUGCGGUUGAGUGGCUCUCCUCGGACGUCAUUGUCUCGGGCCUGCGCAACUCCACCGUAUUCUUGUACGAUGUUCGCACUGGCGAUAGUUCCUUGCGGUUGCAGCAUUCGCAGUCGGUGACGAAGAUUCGGAAAGUCGAUCCCUACCGAGUUGUCGUUUCGGGCCCCAAUUCACUGGAGAUGUACGACAUCCGCUUCGCGGCCAAUGGCCUCCAGCACAAGCCGAAACCCCUUGCCCGCUCGCAUGUCUCUAGUCACCCUUACCUCUCCUUCCCCGACUUCGCGCCCGAUGCGAUUCCUGAUUUCGACGUGAGCGCCGAGCUGGGUCUCCUAGCGAGCGCAUCUGAUGACCGCACAGUUCAAUUCUUCUCGCUGAAUACAGGCAAUCCAGUUCCCUCACCGCUCUCGAAAUACCGUUAUCCUUGUCCGAUUACUGGCCUGUGCUUUGAGGCGAGCGAGGGCGUGUUGAAUCAGCAGGGGCCGCAGACGCCGAGCUUGCUGGUUUGUUCCCAAGCGACUGUGGACCAGUGGAUUUGGUAG